AUGGCCGCCAAACUCCCCUCGUUUCGUCGGAACAAUGCCUCUCGCACCACCCGUCGGUCGAAAUCUACCGUCCUCUCCCACCGACUCCUCCGCACCCUCCUCUAUCUAAUCGCCUGGAUCUUCCUCCUGCUCGUCUGCAUCGGCAAUCUCUCCAACAAGCCCGUCCUCCGCGAAACCUACUUCCUCAAAAUCGAUCUCUCCAACAUCAUUCCCCUCUCCGUCCCCAAUGCCGUCCUCAUCAACAGUAUCGCCCGCUCCAUCGGGCUCCACGACUUCUACCAGGUCGGUCUGUGGAACUUCUGCGAGGGCUACAACGACCAGGGCAUCACCCACUGCUCCAAACACAAGACGCUUUACUGGUUCAAUCCCGUCGAGAUUAUCCUCAGCGAGCUUCUCUCCGGCGCAACCAUCGCCCUCCCCGCCGACAUCACCGACGCCCUCAAAAUCGCCCGUCUCGCCUCUCACUGGAUGUUCGGCCUCUUCCUCGCCGCCACCGUCCUCACCUUCGUCAUGAUCUUCCUGUCCCCGCUAGCCGUCUCCUCGCGCCCGCCGCAGACCAUCUCGUCUGAUCCCGCCGAGAACGACCGCAACCGUCCGCAUCGUCGCCGCACCUUCGUGCUACUUCGCUCUGUCCCCUUCCUCGUCCUCACCUUCUUCACCGCCCUGUUCACCAUCGUCGCCUCCGUCGUCGCCACCGUCAUGUUCACCAUCUUCAGAAACGUCUUCACCUCUGACGACUAUGACCUCAACAUCAAGGCGGACCUGGGCCCCCGCAUGAUGGCCUUCAUGUGGAUCGCCUCCGCGUGCAACCUCAUCGCCUUUAUCAUUCAGUUCGGCUCGUGCUGUGCCUCCUGCUGCGGCGGGCGUAAGGCCCGGAAGCAGUUGCGCUCGACCGUGUCCGAGCAGUCGAACGGGUCCUCGUCUGGAUCCGCUGAUAUGCGGGAAAAGGAUGGUCAGCCGGUUUAA